UUCAUUCUGUUGUACAUAGGGUCACUAUGAAUCGGAACCAACCUGACAGCACCUAACAACAACAACAUUGUAUCAAUAUUGGUUCAUCUGUUGUAACAAAUGUACCACAGGAAUGUAAGACGCUAAUGACCGGAGAAGCUGUGUGAAGAGGGAAAGGGUGAUACAUGGGAACUCUCUGAGCUUUCUGCACAAUUUUUCUACAAACCUAAAACUGCUCUUAAAAAAGUAAAAUCUAUUUUAAAAAAGUAGCUCCUCCUUCUCAUGUUGGGGACCCCUGAGCAAGAAGAAGGUAGAGCUUUUAGAAGAAGAAGAGAAGCUGUGAUUCCUAGCACUUUUUUGUUAGAAGCAAGUCUAGGACUCACACCAGCUGCUGGAGGAAUCCGGAUCUCUGAUGGGUGGCCAGCCUUUGGGAGAAUGAAUCCAUGGAGUAAAGUCUCCAAGGAAGCAAGGCACUGGGGUAGCGGAGGCUCAGCGGGAAGGCCAAGCCUGAGCAAAGCCAAGCACCCCUCUCCGUGGCUGUGCCUGAUACCCGUUCAGCAUGACCCACUCUGCUCAGCCCCAUUGGUCUUAUUUCCUCUUGAAACACUCCUGCUCCUGUUCUUCUGGCCAGCGUGACAGUUGAGAGGUUGAGGAAACCCUCCCAGAUGGACUCCUUUAGAACAGAUGAAACAGCUGCCAAGCCCAGGUGUAGACCACAUGUCCACUUCCAAAUGGCCCUGCUGGCCUGUUCCUUAAGCUCCUUGAAUGCGGGAGGUGGGGGUCAGGAGGCAAGCAGUGCCUCGGUCCAGGAUUGGUUGACAUCAGGGCUAAUCUCCAACUCAGAGAAGGGUCAGCUGCAAGAUUUAGAUACCUCCUGCCCGGGUUCCUCUAGCUAUGUCAGCAAUUCUUGUCUUUUUUUGGUUACAAGAAAAAUGGAUUUUUCUGCACAUGUGCUAAUGAAGCCUUUGAUCUCUUUCAGGUAUCGGAAUUGCGUUUACACUUACAGAAUUCUGCCCAACGAAGAUAAGUUCUCUGUUCAGGCAUCCGAGGGCGUCCCCAUGAGGUUCUUCACCAAGCUGGACCAGCUCAUUGAGUUCUACAAGAAGGAGAACAUGGGCCUGGUGACUCACCUGCAGUACCCUGUGCCCCUGGAGGAAGAAGAUGCCAGUGACGAGCCCGAGGAGGAGACGGGUAGGCGGGGAAGGCAGGAGGCCGGGCAGCUGGCUCAGCAGGGAGGUGCCUUAGGGACCACGUCCUCCAAGGAACAUGGUGGAGAAGUGCUGGAUGUUUCUCUCCCCUCGAAUGCUUGCAUAGAAGAAUGCGACGUAUCUCCACCUGAGCUGCCCCCCAGGAACAUCCCUUUGUCUGCUGGGCCCUGUGAAGCCAAGGAAGUUCCUCUUUCAAGCGAGAGUCCCCGAGUGCCCGAGGUCAGCAAGCCGACCCUCUCUGAGACGUUACUUCAGAGGCUGCAGAGCAUCGACACUAGUGGGCUUCCGGACGAGUAUCUUAAAGCCAUCCAGGAUUAUUUAAGCACGCAGCUAGUCCUCGACUCUGAGUUUGUGAAGACGGGCUCCAGCAGUCUCCCUCACCUGAAGAAACUGACCACGCUCCUGUGCAAGGAGCUUUAUGGCGAGGUCGUUCGGACUCUUCCCACUCUGGAGUUUCUGCAGAGGCUGUUCGACCAGCAGCUGUCCCCUGGCCUCCGCCCACGUCCUCAGGUGUCUGGUGAGGCCAAUCCCAUCAACAUGGUGGCCAAGUUCAGCCAACUGACAAGUCUGCUGUCCUCUAUUGAAGAUAAGGUCAAGGCCAUGCUGCAUGAGGGUCAUGAGUCUCCUCACCGGUGCUCCAUCAUCCCUCCGGUCAACUUCGAGGUAAAGUCAGAGUCCUUGGGGAUUCCUCAGAAAUUGCAUCUCAAGGUCGACGUUGAGACUGGGAAACUGAUCGUUAAGAAGUCCAAGGAUGGUUCUGAGGACAAGUACUACAGCCACAAGAAAAUCCUGCAGCUCGUCAAGUCUCAGAAGUUUCUUAACAAGCUGGUGAUUGUGGUGGAAACGGAGAAGGAGAAGACCGUGCGGAAGGAAUAUGUCUUUGCUGACUCUAAAAAGAGAGAAGGCUUCUGCCAGCUUCUCCAGCAGAUGAAGAACAAGCACUCGGAGCAGCCUGAGCCCGACAUGAUCACCAUCUUCAUCGGCACCUGGAACAUGGGUAACGCCCCCCCUCCCAAGAAGAUCACGUCCUGGUUUCUCUCCAAGGGGCAGGGAAAGACGCGGGAUGACUCAGCAGACUACAUCCCCCAUGACAUCUAUGUGAUCGGCACCCAGGAGGACCCCCUGGGAGAAAAGGAGUGGCUGGAGAUCCUCAAGCACUCCCUACAGGAGAUCACCAGCAUGACCUUUAAAACGAUGGCCAUCCACACCCUCUGGAACAUCCGCAUCGUGGUGCUGGCCAAGCCGGAGCAUGAGAACCGCAUCAGCCACGUCUGCACGAACCACGUCAAGACGGGCAUCGCCAACACGCUGGGGAACAAGGGAGCUGUGGGGGUAUCCUUCAUGUUCAAUGGCACCUCCUUGGGAUUUGUUAACAGCCACUUGACCUCAGGAAGCGAAAAGAAACUCAGGCGAAACCAAAACUAUACGAACAUUCUCCGGUUUCUGGCCCUGGGAGACAAGAAACUGAGUCCUUUUAACAUCACUCACCGUUUCACCCAUCUCUUCUGGCUUGGGGAUCUCAACUACCGCUUGGAGCUGCCCAUCUCGGAGGCAGACACCAUCAUCCAGAAAAUCAAGCAGCAGCAGUAUGCGGACCUCCUGGCCCACGACCAGCUGCUCAUGGAGAGGAAAGAGCAGAAGGUCUUCCUUCAUUUCGACGAGGAAGAAAUCACAUUCGCUCCCACCUACCGUUUUGAAAGACUGACUCGGGACAAAUACGCCUACACUAAGCAGAAAGCAACAGGGAUGAAGUACAACUUGCCCUCCUGGUGUGAUCGGGUCCUCUGGAAGUCAUACCCGCUGGUCCACGUGGUGUGUCAGUCCUACGGCAGUACCAGCGACAUUAUGACGAGUGACCACAGCCCUGUCUUUGCCACGUUUGAGGCAGGAGUCACCUCCCAGUUUGUCUCCAAGAACGGCCCUGGGACUGUGGACAGCCAAGGGCAAAUUGAGUUUCUCAGCUGCUACGCCACGUUGAAGACCAAGUCCCAGACCAAAUUCUACCUUGAGUUCCACUCCAGCUGCUUGGAGAGCUUUGUCAAGAGUCAGGAAGGAGAAAACGAAGAAGGAAGCGAAGGAGAGUUGUUGGUGAAGUUUGGCGAGACCCUUCCAAAGCUGAAGCCCAUUAUCUCUGACCCGGAAUACCUGCUGGACCAGCACAUCCUGAUCAGCAUUAAGUCCUCUGACAGUGACGAAUCCUACGGCGAGGGCUGCAUUGCCCUACGGUUAGAGGCCAAGGAAACCCAGUUCCCCAUCUACACGCCUCUCACCCACCACGGAGAGAUGAUGGGACAUUUCCAGGGGGAGAUUAAGCUGCAGACAUCCGAAGGCAAGACGAGAGAGAAGCUCUACGACUUCGUGAAGACGGAGCGGGAUGAGUCCAGCGGGCCCAAGUCUCUGAAGAGCUUCACCAGCCAUGACCCCAUGAAGCUGUGGGAACCCACCAACAGGGCCCCUCUGUGCAGUGGCCCCAGCAUCACCGAGAUCAUUAACCCCAACUACAUGGGUGUGGGGCCCUUUGGGCCACCGAUGCCCCUGCACGGGAAGCAGGUCAUCUCCCCCGACCAGCAGCCCACAGCCUGGAGCUACGACCCACUUCCCAAGGAUGCCUCCCUUGGGCCCGGAUGGGGGGAGAGUCCUCCAACACCACCCUCCCAACAGCCCGUAUCACCCAAGAAGUUUUCACCCUCUCCAGCCAGUCGGGGCCCCAGCCCCAGGACACAGGAGUCGAGUCUGAAAGCUCUGCUGAAACCUGCUCAGCAUCAUAGCAACACGCAAGCCUCCACUGACAGAUGGGUGGUGGCUGUGCAUGAGGUGCUUUGGCUGAGAACUGAACUCAAGUCUCUCACACGGAAGGCAAGGAUUCUACCACCGAACCACCGCUGCCUCCAUUGGUGGAACACCGUAGGCACUGAGCCCAGCGACUUGGCGAAGAACAUAGCAGAGCCCCUGCUUCAGGAGGACCUGCCGCUGACCAAGCAGAAGCCGGAGAUGUUUGAGAACCCGCUGUACGGGUCUGUCAGCUCCUUCCCUAAGCUGGUUCCCAGGAAAGAGCAGGAAUCCCCCAAGAUGCUGAGGAAGGAGCCCCCACCCUGCCCAGACCCUGGAGUCUCCUCACCCACCAUCUUGCUCACCAAAGCGCAGGAGGCCGAGAGCUCCAAGGGGACUAGCAAGCAGGUCCCCACGCCCCGGCUGCGCUCCUUCACCUGCUCGUCCUCCACCGCAGAGGCCGGAGCGGCGGCCGGCGGGGAGAAGAACCACGGGAAGCCCAAGCCCGCGGCCAGCUCCCAGGCGCCGGCGCCCGUGCCGGCGAAGAGGCCCGUGAAGCCGUCCAGGUCAGAAAUGAGCCAGCCGAUCCCGCCCGCGCCCACGCAGCUCCGACCGCCCCUGCCCGCCAAAAGCCUGGCCGUGCUGCACCUGCAGCACUCCAAGGGCCGCGACUACCGCGACAACACCGAGCUCUUGCACCACGGCAAGCACCGGCCCGAGGAGGGGCCGCUCGGCAGGACCGCCAUGCAGUGAAGCCCUAGGAGCCGCCAGCGAGACAGGGAGCCCAGAGGAGCAGUAAGCAGCCCAGCAGACGCCUGCCGGGACCUCUUGCCAGCUGCUCCUGCUGCUUCAUGACAAGGCUUCCUGUCCAGAGCGGGACUAGCUUCUGUGUGGUCCGUGGAACCGCUGGCUGUGAAGUGUGGUGUGGGGUCUAGGCUGGAAGGGAGCGAGCACCCUGGGUUCCAGCUCAACCUUGGUACUUGGGACCCAAGAGCUCUAUUCAGGUCGCCAUUUUGAAGCAAGAAUCUAGAGUGCAGAUUCGAAGGUUGGGGUAGAGAUACCUAAUAAUAAUAAUAUUAAUAUUAAUAAUAAUAAUGGCUGCAUGUACUGAGCACUCACUGUGUUCCAAGUACCAUGCUAAGUGCUUUUUGAACAUUUUGUCAGGACAGCCUCAGUGUUGCAUCUCCCUCAUCAACUAAACCCAGAUUUCCAAACCCACCAUUUCAGAAUGGGUGUCUAUCCAGAGCGGUUUGGACAAAGCAUUAAAAGGGUGCCUGCCCUUUGGGAGCGAGACAAGGUCCUGGACUUUGGAGAGCUGAAGAGUCUCAGUUGUUCAUUUUGGGUUCAAUAAAGCUGGCAGAGUCUAGCCUCAGUGAUGCAACCUGCUUUGGCUAAACCCCCAGCAGCCCUGACUCAGCAGAAGCUUAGAGCGGACAUCUCUCUGGCUUCCUUCAGUUCAUUAGCUGGAAGGAGAAGGAAGAUCGAUCGGCUGCUACACUCCUGUGCAAACAGCCAGCCUCAGCCCAGGGCUAGAGAUACCAGGCCCACUGGGUGGGCAUGGAUUGGCCCCGAGCCCUCCAACACAGAUGUCCACGUGCUAGUGGAAGAGUCUUUGAUGUUGCUGCCAAAAGCCAUAUUCUCCAGCCUGGCUGCCAGGAGGGCGGGCUGCUCAGUUCCAGGCUCUAGAAACAGGGAAGUCUUUUCUUCUUCCAGAAAUCCGUCUUUUGGCCCUGCUUCCUUGGUUAUUAGGAGAAUAGAUUGGUGAUGUGUUUUCUUUGUUUUGUUUUUGAUGUAACAGACUUACUGUAGGAAACCAAACCUGGGUGUGUGGGUGUGCAGGAGAACAGUGCGCCAUAUUCCCCCGGGUGUCAGUCUGUGUAACCAAUAAAUUGUGCCUGUCUUCAGUUGGCGCCCACCCGUGUGGUGUUUUUCUGCUGACAUUCAGAACCACGAGCACGUUUCUAGGCUGUUGGGGCUGGUGUCUGGAGCUCAGCAGCACCUCUACCCAGAGAUGGUCUUCCAUCAAGAAGUG